AUGACACGAUUCUCUUACGCAGAAUAUAUCGCAUUAUUUCGAUCAAGCGACACAAAACGAAACUCGCCUACACUCCCAUCAUCAUCAUCAUCAUCAUCAUCUGGAGGAGCUGCGAACCGAGACGAGACAGACCCGUCACAGAUAGUUUCCUCACUGCUCCCGGUCAGCAGCCGGGCGAGGGUCCGGCGGAGUGGUGUCUCUCCGCUUCAUCUGGCGGCGGAGCACGACCGGCGGGCUGUUCUGAGUCUGCUGAUCGAGUCAGGAUUCGAUGUCAACAGCAAACUCUCUCCGGAGCGCUCCGCUGGGUUCCAGGACCGGCGUGUUUCUGCUCUGUACUGCGCCGUCGCUGCCAGGAACACAGGGGCCGCCGCCGCUCUGCUGAGGGCCGGAGCCGACCCCAACACUGACCCCUGCAGCCCGCUGCUGCUAGCGGUGCGUCACGGCUGUCUGGAGACCGUGGCCCUGCUGCUGGAGCACGGAGCCCAUGUGAACACAGGCUUCCCAGCGCUGCUGCUGCACACUCAUCAGCUGGACCUCCUGCAGUAUCUGCUGGACCGCGGCUGUGACGCUCGGCCCUGCUUUACCUGCGACACACAUCACAGCGACCUCAGAACUCACACGCGCCAGAGACACACCAGCGACACUGACGCACAGUUAAAGUUCUGUGACUGGAUCUCGUCCUCCUGCUGGAGACGCUCAGCCGGGCGGAUCGUUGAUCUGCUGCUGGACUAUGUAGGAAACGUUCAGCUCUGCAGCAGGGUCAGAGAUCUCCUUCUGGACCAACCGGAGUGGACGAGCAUUAAGGAGAAAACAUCGUCUCCUCGAGGCCUGACGCAUCUCUGUGGGCUGAGGAUCCGAGAGCAGCUGGGGCCGCAGAGACUGAGAUGUGUGGAGUCACUGCCGCUGCCGGGCCCCAUGCUGCGCUUCCUGAGCUCCAGGGGCCUUUAGCACAACACUGACCGCACCAGAUUACACUCCUGUGCACUGUGUAUUUAUAUCACUUUGAAUUCAUCGUGACGUGCUUGACACACAGUUUAAUGUAAAUGAUCUGAAAAUACCGAUAUGAUGGUGGUGUUCACAGAAUAAACCUGCUCUCAGGCUUCGAGUGUCUGAGCUCUUGAAAAGCUGUCAUUCCUUUCAUUAACAGACAGUGCAAAAUAGUGAAUUAUUACCAGAU